UGAUACGUACCGCUUCAUUUCAUUAUAAUCAUAACAUUAAUUGCCAUUACGAAAGAAAAACAAUGGCAACAUGGAGGAGCUUAGUAUUCAUCACUAACAUUGUGUUUCUCUUGAAUUUUACAAUGGAAACUCUAGGCAAUGAUUUUCAAGCAUUCUACUUUAUCCAACAGUGGUUACCUUCAUACUGUAAUCAAAGAGGAACAACAUGUUGCUACCCACCAACAGGAAAAGGGGCUGCAGAUUUUACAAUUUAUGGGCUUUGGCCUUACAAUAAUUACAAUGGUGGCUCCAUUCAAAAUUGUGCCGGUGCAAGUUACGACGUUGCUCCGCUUAAACCAAUUCAAAGCAUGCUACAAAAGUCAUGGCCAUCUUUUACAUGCCCACAAAUUGGGAGGAAAUUCUGGUUGCAUGAGUGGAACAAACACGGAACAUGCUCAAAAUCUGCCCUAGACGAGAUGUCAUAUUUUGAGGCAGCACUAAACCUCAAAAACAAGAUCAACAUCUUCCAAGCCCUUGCGAAAGCCAGGAUACAACCCAAUAACCAGUUUUAUACUCUUGAUAGCAUAAACAUGGCUAUCACUCGAGCCAUCGGGUUUCGGGCCUCGAUAUUCUGUAACCAUGAUGCUCAAGGAAACAGUCAGAUUUGGCAAAUUAUAUAUUGUGUUGAUAAAAGUGGUACCAAAAUCAUCAACUGUCCUAACUCUUCUGCGGGACAAGGUGGUUGUUCUUCUACCAUCAAGUUUCCAUCUUACUAAUACUUUCUACGGAGUAUAUAUUAGUCUUUGUACGUACUCAUUUAUGUAGCAAAUACAUACAUACAUACUCCAUACGAAAUAUAUAAAUAUAUUUUAUGCGAUA